CCAUUUCUUGCGGAUCGAGAUCGACAACGAGCUGCUUACGGCAAUGGCGUCCCGAAACUCAUACAUUCCACCUUGCGGAGGGGGAAAUGACGAUCACCCUCAAAGACGUGGCGAUCCUCACCGGGCUUCCUAUAUCUGGAGAUGCCAUCAUUGGGAACACGACCAAACCCGGAGGAGGUUGGGGGCCGCUCAUCCGUGAUCGUUUGGGCUUCGACAUGCCGACCACCACACCAAAUCAAGGACGGGGGCAUCCACCGUUGAAUGCGGGGCAAGUGUCGGUCCCGUGGCUGGUAUCUCACAUCCAGCAAGAGGUGGAAAUCAAUGACGAGACACCGGAAGAACAAGUCGAGCGCUACGCCCGCAUCUACCUCAUCGGUUUGGUGGGUGGAUUUUUGUUCCCCGACAAGUCCAACCGGUGGAUUCAAGGCAUAUGGUUGCCAUUGCUCACCGGUGACUGGGAUGCAAUUGGAGAGAAGAGUUGGGGAUCGGCCGUGCUAGCGGGCGUAUACCGGGAGCUGUGUACUUGCUCGAGGGUUGGGGCAAAGCAAGCUGGUGCUGCGAUGUUCAUCGUUCAACUGUGGGUAUGGGAGCAUCUUCCAAUGUUCGCACCUCUCGACCCACGUCCAUACCGGAGAAACGAUGAUGAGCUCAACCUUCUGCAAAAUCUCCCCUACGGUGUCAAGUAAGUUUAUUCCGUACUUAGCCCAAUUUAAAUUUUAUUACAUGCUUGAGCUAGAUUUAAAUUGAAUUUAUUCCGUACUUAGCCCAAUUUAAAUUUUAUUACAUGCUUGAGCUAGAUUUAAAUUGAAUUUAUUCCGUACUUAGCCCAAUUUAAAUUUUAUUACAUGCUUGAGCUAGAUUUAAAUUGUCUGCACUUCCGUACUUAGCCCAAUUUAAUUUUUAUUACAUGCUUAACUAGAUUUAAAUUGAAUUUAAAUUGAUUCCGUACUUUUACUUACAAGGUGGAUAGGAGCAAAUACGAAUGACCAUCAGCCUGAGCAUUCGUUACUGUUUUAUCGUUCUGAGUUAGAUAAACCAUGGUGGAAUCA